AUGGGACUCCAAAGUACUGUAAUCAAGUUCCUAAAGCUGGAUCGGUUUGAACCCAACAGGAUUGUCACUUCAAACGUCGUCGGUCCCAAGGUCCUCUGCGCCAUCCGUGCGAUCGAGUUGUUCUACGUUACUAUCGCACUAGUAAUCGUCUGGUGCAAUUCAGCGUCGUUCACCAGCUAUGCCAAGUACUUCACCAACCUCACCUACUUUGGCAUCUUUUCCUAUCUCCUUUCAUGCACGAUCUGGAGUGUGUUUUAUAUCCGUGUGCCUGAAGUAGAACGCGCACAUUGGGUGAAGCAAGGAAACCCCUGGUGGGGAUACACCCACUGGCUGUUGUACUCGUCCGUCGUCGUCUACUCUGUCGUGGUCCCUCUUGUCUUUUGGACACUGUUAUCACAGGGCAUGAGUUCAUGGUCUCCUAUGGACUAUUACCAGAACAUUAGUGUCCACGCCCUGGACGGUGUCUUUGGUGCUCUUGGAGAACUCAUCCUGAGCAGACAUUUCCUUCAGCCUAUUCAUUCCUUCUUGGUCGCCGGUGUUAUGCUUCUUUACAUGCUUAUGACCUUUGUCGUCUACGCCAGCGAAGGCACCUGGGUGUACCCUUUCUUGAGAUGGAGCCAGGGUCCCAUUGCUGCUGCUUAUUACAUUGGAAUUGCGAUUGGACUGUUCCUUGUGUUCUUUGCGCUGUACUUUAUCCACAAUGCGCGCAACUCGUUCUUCAAGGAGCGUAGUGCACGUAUGAACCCCGAGUUGGAGCAUAGCCCUGUUGAAGAGAAGCAACUUGGCGACAAGACUGAGCUCGAAUCCGUUUGA